GUCACGGCACUCAGGAGGGCAGCAGAAGCUCCACUCAGCCCAGCUCCUGGGCCCUGCUGUAGGAAGGAAUCUUUCCCCUCGCCAUGGCUUCACUGGGGCAGAUCAUCUUCUGGAGCAUUAUUAGCAUCAUCAUUAUUCUGGCUGGAGCAAUUGCAUUCAUCAUUGGCUUUGGUAUUUCAGGGAAACACUUUAUCACAGUCACUACCUUUACCUCAGCUGGGAACAUUGGAGAGGAUGGAAUCCUGAGCUGCACUUUUGAACCUGAUAUCAAACUUAAUGAUAUUGUGAUACAAUGGCUGAAGGAAGGUGUUAUGGGUUUGGUCCAUGAGUUCAAAGAAGGCAAAGAUGACCUGUCAGACCAGAAUGAAAUGUUCAGAGGCCGGACAGCAGUGUUUGCUGAUCAAGUGAUAGUUGGCAAUGCUUCUCUGAGACUGAAAAAUAUUCAACUCACAGAUGCUGGCACCUACCAGUGUUACAUCAUCACUUCUAAAGGCAAAGGAAAUGCUAACGUUGAGUAUAAAACUGGAGCCUUCAGUAUGCCAGAGGUGAAUGUUGACAAUAAUGCCAGUUCAGAGAGCUUGCGCUGUGAGGCUCCCCGAUGGUUCCCCCAGCCCACAGUGAUCUGGUCAUCCCAAGUUGACCAGGGUGCCAACUUUUCACAAGCCUCCAACACCAGCUUUGAGCUAAACUCUGAGAAUGUGACCAUGAAGGUUGUGUCCAUGCUCUACAAUGUCACAAUCAACAACACUUACUCCUGUAUGAUUGAAAACAACAUUGCCAAAGCUACAGGGGAUAUCAAAGUGACAGACUCUGAGAUCAAAAGGCGGAGUCACCUAGAGUUACUGGACUCAAAGGCUUCCCUGUGUGUCUCUUCUUUCUUUCUCAUCAGCUGGGUACUCUUGCCACUCUUCCCUUACCUGAUGCUGAAAUAAUGUCCUCUGGCCACACAAAAACAUGUAAAGUUACUGGCAUAACAGAAUCCCAGGAAUCUACAGAACUAUUUUAACCUCCAGAUAUGACCUCCUUUUAUAUUUCUGGGAAAAAUGAAUUCAUAUGUAGAAGUCUGGAGUGAAUAAACAAGAAAAAAGGAGACAAAAGCAACCGUUAGAAGACUCUAAUAUGAACAAGAUAGAUCUACCUUCAAAGAUACAUGUUAAAAGUUGGGAAAAUCAUGCACCUGAACUAGAAAAAUGUAUUAACAUUCCAUGUAAAAAGAAGUAUAGUCUCAUAUCUCAGGGACCUCCCCUUACCAGUCAACUUCUGGGGAGUGAGAGGAUGGGAUAUUGUAUCUCUCUGUAUCCUUUGUUUUAUGUUCUGUAAUGUUGCUCUGAAGGAGUUCUCAGAAAGUUUCAGUCACUACAUGUUCACAUCUUAUAGUCUGCAAAUUAAACUGUAGUGUAUGCAAUAAGGAGCUGCUAAUCAGCUGUCACUUCACAACUCAGUGGCUGGAUUUUAGUAAGGUUCAAAUGAUUCACUUUUCAUUAUGAUGCUUUCAGUAGUGCCUUGGCUUCUCCCACCUGAAAAAUGUCAAAGAUGUGAAAUACAAUCAUAAGUCCAGGCUAAACAAAAUAAUUGGGCAACGCUGAUUUUCUAAAUAAUCUGAGCACCUUUUUUGAACAAACAAAUGCCAUUAUAUUUCCUAGGUUAUGUUGAUCUGUGAAUGGCAGGGCAGGACCUCUCCCCUUACUAUGUGGCAUUAUGUCAUAGGCUUCUACUUUUUGUCUUGCAUGAACAGUUUUGACCUCAGCUUUCAACAGAAUCUAGAGCAGUGGGGGUGAACCUAUGGCAUGCAUGUCACAGCAGGCUAUUUGUAGCACUAAAAGUUCUAAAUGGUUUGUCAUCACUGAUCUAGAGCAUUAGCAUUGAACUUGGGUGAUUUUAUUUCUCCUCUGAUCUCCAAGGAGACAUCUGUCAAUAUCUGAAGACAUUUUUAGUGCUCAAACUCAGGCAAGACAGAGGAUUGUGCUAGUGGUUCCUAGUGAAUAGAGCCCAGGGAUGCUGCUCAACAUCCUACAGUAUACAGGACAUCUCCCCACAACAAAGAAUCAUGCAGCCCUAAAUGUCAAUCAUGCCAAGAAAACUGAUGUAGAGUAGAAAAGGAGAGAGCAAACAAAUGUGCUUGCUUCCUGAAAACUGGGCAUUUGUUUCUAUCUCGUUGGCUACUGACUCAGCACAGAAAGUGAGAUCUUUCACUGAACUGAGUCUACAGGAUGUCAGAAAUUCUUGAUGGGAUUAUCUUCAGUUCACUGAGCUUCCAAGUGCUUUUCCCUUCAUUCUAUCCUGCAAACUAAGUUCCACAAGAAAGCUAAGUUCCAUCUCAAGCUCUCUCACCGUGAAUUUUAGAUCUUAGAAAACUGCCUGGGCAAAAUACAAAUUAAGGCAACAAACAUGUCCCUACUUGAAACAUACAGAGCCUGUUGAGCUUUUCUUUAUAGGGUGCUGGGUAUCAAGCCCAGUGCCUUGUAAAUGUUAGGCAAGUACUCUAGCAUUGAGAUUCGCCCCAGCCCACAAAGAGAAUUCUGAAAGAAAUCAGGGCAAUGACCCUUGGAAACAAAACCUUGAGGAACACAGCUUUGGUGGAAAACAGUGUUUUGUUUCCAGCACCCUUCCCUCACUUUUCAGGUGACCAUUGCCUCCCUGGCACUUUGGACUACCAUGUCUGUAUUAUAUUUUGUUGUAGAAAACUUCAUUUUAGAGCUCUGUUCAUUUAAGAGAAUGAUUAAAUAUGCAUUUCCUA